AUCUCCAUUUUUUUUCUUUUCUUGACGGUUUGAUUGUUGUUGUCUUGAAGGAUCAUGAAGUUCCCCCCUUUCAAUCAACGAAAUCGCGAUUCGUAAUCCAUACAAAAAAUGGCCGAGAUCACCGCAACAACCACCGCCACCACCAACAACAAUAGAACCGCCACCGGUUAUACUGUUCCAAAAUCCGAACCAUUAUCGGCCGCCUCCAUGGCUGCAACUAUUGAAGAAGUCGAUGAAGAUGUGUUUCUAUCAAAUUCGGAGUUGUUAGCUCGUGAAGAAGUACUUAAACGACGAUCUCGAAGAUUGAAGAAAUUAGCUAGGGUUUACAAGGAUCAUUACUGGUCUUUGAUGGAAGAACUGAAAUCGAAGUAUAGAGAGUAUUAUUGGGAGUAUGGGAAGAGCCCCUACCAGGAGGAUGAAUCAGUACCAGAAACGGAUGCCGGAAAGAAUGGAGAUGAUUAUGGGUUAGGGUUAGAGUUUAGUAGCGAUUCGAGUCGGUGUGCUGUUCAUGGAUGUAAAUCGAAGGCCAUGGCGUUAACAAAGUUCUGUCAUACUCAUAUACUGUCUGAUUCUAAACAGAAACUCUACAUGGGUUGCAAUUACGUGAUCAAAAGCUCACAAGCAGGCCCUAUACUUUGUGGGAAACCGAUUCUUAAAUCCACGGUUCCUUCUCUCUGCGCAACUCAUUUCCAAAAGGCGGAAAAACACGUUGCGAGAGCUCUAAAGAAAGCGGGUCUAAAUUCAACCUCGACGAAUAAGAUUGCUCCGAAAUUUCAUGUCGUGAUUGCUGAAUAUAUUCGCCAAAUCCAAACCAGAAGAAUAUCUACUCGGAAGACAAUGGCAGAGAAUCCCGAAAUCAAAGAAGAAGAUAUCAGCAUCUGAGAUUACAGUUGUGGUGAACUCGAGUCUUCUGUUAUACUUCAUUUCCACCUUUUGUUUCUACUUCUCAUUCCCGCCCUUCGGGAAUCUGAAUCAACAAAUAUACAAGUAAGAUUGAUGAUUUCGUGGGGCUCUGAAUUGGAUCUUUGCCUUGCUAGACUGAACUUUGUGCAUUGAAGGAUACACGUUCGAAUUCAUCUAUUUGUCCGUUAACAAACUGUCUGUCGUUCUCUUACGAGGAGCUUCUCGUUGUUGCUUCUACAAGAGUUUUCUAGUUGUUUUAGCAUCAUCUAGAGGAUCAAACGACGUUAGUUAAAUCAUAUAAUGUCGGUUUUCGUUUUGUUUUAAGUACCGGGUUGCAAAUUAGGUUUUUCGAAUCUUAUCAACCCAAAUUCUAGCUUUCAUGUGUUUUUUUACAUUGCGAAACAAUAAAAAUAUGAUGUUGCUUCA